GUAAAACAUGUGAGCGAAUGUUUGGUUAUGAAUUGUGUAUGCUGCUCGUCUAGUCGUUUACAAUUAAUAUUUUUGUGGACGCAAUUCUACGAGAUUUCAAAUAAUUUCAACGUUUUUAUAAAGAAAAGAUUUUGCUCGUAAUUUGUUUUCAUUUAAUUAUUUUAAUAGUGUAGUGUUCAUACAGACAUCUGAAUUUGUUACAUUUGUUACAAUGGUUAAUAAGCAAUCUAUUAAACCGGCGAAUAAAGACCAUGAUAAAACUACAGGGUUAUAUAAAAUUGCUGCUAAAAUAGUAAAAAAAGUCAAAAGUGGAAGCAACUAUAAGUCUCAACUUUAUCAAGCACAGUACCCUAAUAAAUUAUUACUGAAUGCUGUACUAAUGAAUGUUUUCAAAUGGGAAAAAGUAAUAGAUGUUUUGAUUGAAAAAAGUAAUAUUCUAGAAAAAGAAAAUAAUAUGGACCGUGAAUUAGCUUAUGUACUAAUCACUGAACUGAUGUGGUCUAAAUUUGGUUUAAAAGGGAGUGCUAAGAAUAUUAUGGCAGUAAAAAAGUAUAAAUCUGAAUUUUUGAAACUUAUGGAAGAAAAUGAUUUGAAAAACUUAACUACUUCCUUACCACCAAAAGUUUGGAAGCCUCGAUUUUUCCGUGUGAACACAUUAUUAACAACAUUAGAAGAUGUUUUGAAAAAAUUGUCUGACCUAAAAUUUAAAAAAUUUAAGACGCCAAAAACUUAUGCUGAGUUUUUAGAACUAAUUAAAUCUGACAAAUUCAAAGGGAAUUGUUUUGUUAUUGAUAUACACAUCAAAGAUUUGUUAGUAUUUAAUUCAAAAGUGAAAUUUUAUAAUCUAGAAGACUACAAUAAUGGAUUAUUAAUUGUUCAAGAUAAGGCAAGUUGUUUGGCUGCUCAUUUACUAAAUCCAGAACCAGAUAGUACCGUCUUAGAUAUGUGUGCUGCUCCUGGUAUGAAAACAUCACAUUUAGCAGCGUUAAUGCAAAACAAAGGCAAACUUUAUGCUGUUGAUCGUUGCAAGGAAAGAUUUAAUGUAUUGCAAAAUAUUUUGGAGAAAUAUGGUGUAAAGAAUGUGGAAACAUUUAAUAUGGAUGCAUUAACUUUUCCUUAUUACGAUGAUGUCAAAUAUAUAUUAGUAGAUCCAUCAUGUUCUGGUUCUGGCAUUGUUGAUAGAGUAAGAAAUGAUCCAACACUUAAGAAUGAACAUUUUAAAAAAAGGUUAAAAAAGUUGGCUAAUGUCCAUGCUCAGCUAUUAAAUCAUGCAUUAAAAAGUUAUCCUAAUUUAAAACGAUUAGUUUAUUCUACUUGUUCUACGAAUCCAGAAGAAAAUGAAGCUGUUGUUGAUGAAGCAUUAUCAGUUAAUGGCAAAUUUAAACUUUUAAAUUGCACUAAAAUGUUAAAAGGUUGGACAAAUAAAGGAGCUCCUGGUUAUGAUUGUUCAGAAAUGUGUCUUAAUGCUGUUUCAAAUGUGGAUUGCACUAAUGGAUUUUUUAUUGCGGUUUUUGUUUGUCGAGAUUUUGAAGAAGCUGAAGAAGAAGAAGAUAAAAAAGAAGUAAAAAAAAUAGAAGAAGAAGACGAAGAAGAAAAAAUUGAAGAAAAAUAUAUUAUAGACUCCAAGAAACUAAAAAAAACUAAAGCUAACAAAAAUUCAUUGCAAAGUGUUAACAUCAAAGACAAUACAAAUACACCUAUUAAAAAAAGUAAAAAUGUUAAAAGAAGGGAAAGAAGAUUAAAACUAGAGCAAGCAAAAGGAAUAUCUAAUAAAACAAAAAAACCAAAAAAAGUAAAAACAGAAGAAAUAUAAUAUUUGUUAUAAUAUUUUG